UAGAAAGUUAAUGGCUGGGGGGAAAGAGAUUCUCUUCUCGCUUCAGGAGAGUUUCUGGAUUUUCUGAAGUAAAACCGUAAUCAUUUAAAACAAUAUAACCCCCAGAGGAAGUUUAAGACAACGUUGCGUUUGUCGACACACGUAUUAUUCAGGAAAGUAUGCAGGAUGCAGUAGCCGGGACGGCAAUGCUGACGGACGGCUUCGAGGACGAGAUUGACUCGGUGACUCCGCGCUCCCCCGCGGUAGGGAUGGGGGUAGGAGCCACACCAGGAGCCGGACUUGGGGGCCUGGGGAUCGGCGUCGGGGGAAAGAAAGUUCGCCUGUUCGGCGAGGCCGGCGGGCCCGCGGCGGACAGGCUGGAUUUUAAACUCGCCGCGGCCGCGGUGCUUUCUUCUGGCCCCGGAUCGGGCAGCGACGAAGACGAGGUUUCUGAGGUGGAGUCUUUCAUACUGGAUCAGGAGGACCUGGACAACCCCAUGCUGAAGACUGCGUCAGAGCUGCUCCUGUCGAGUGCUGCAGAUGGCACUGACCUGAGAACAGUGGAUCCAGAGACACAGGCCAGGCUAGAGGCGCUGCUGGAGGCCGCAGGCAUCGGUAAACUCUCCACUGCCGAUGGUAAAGCGUUCGCAGAUCCCGAGGUGCUGCGCCGGCUGACGUCGUCGGUGAGCUGCGCGCUGGACGAGGCCGCCGCCGCCCUCACGCGCAUGAGGGCCGAGAACACGCUCAACGCCGGCCAGGCCGACAAUUUGGUUAUUUUCAGCCGCAGCCUGGCGGAGGCCUGCUCGGACGGGGACGUGAACGCGGUGAGGAAGCUGCUGGACGAGGGCCGCAGCGUCAACGAGCACACCGAGGAGGGGGAGAGCCUGCUGUGCCUCGCCUGCUCCGCCGGCUACUACGAGCUGGCGCAGGUCCUGUUAGCCAUGCACGCUAACGUGGAGGACCGGGGCAUUAAGGGUGACAUCACACCUCUGAUGGCAGCAGCCAGUGGCGGAUACGUGGACAUAGUCAAACUACUCCUGGUACACGGGGCGGACGUCAACGCACAGUCCUCUACAGGUAACACGGCGCUGACGUACGCGUGCGCGGGCGGCUUCGUGGACGUGGUGAAGGUGCUCCUGAAGGAGGGCGCCAACAUCGAGGACCACAACGAGAACGGCCACACGCCGCUGAUGGAGGCGGCCAGCGCCGGGCACGUGGAGGUGGCCCGCGUGCUGCUGGACUACGGAGCCGGCAUCAACACCCACUCCAACGAGUUCAAGGAAAGUGCACUUACCCUGGCCUGCUACAAAGGACACUUGGACAUGGUGCGCUUUCUGCUGGAGGCCGGUGCCGACCAGGAGCACAAGACAGACGAGAUGCACACGGCGCUCAUGGAGGCCUGCAUGGACGGGCACGUGGAGGUGGCGCGGCUGCUGUUGGACAGCGGGGCGCAGGUGAACAUGCCGGCGGACUCGUUCGAGUCGCCGCUGACGCUGGCGGCCUGCGGGGGCCACGUGGAGCUGGCCGCCCUGCUCAUCGAGCGAGGGGCCAACCUGGAGGAGGUGAACGACGAGGGCUACACGCCCCUCAUGGAGGCGGCGCGGGAGGGACACGAGGAGAUGGUGGCCCUGCUGCUGGCGCAAGGUGCCAACAUCAACGCCCAGACGGAGGAGACGCAGGAGACGGCCCUUACGCUGGCCUGCUGCGGCGGCUUCCUGGAGGUGGCCGACUUCCUGAUCAAGGCGGGGGCAGACAUCGAGCUGGGCUGCUCCACGCCGCUCAUGGAGGCUGCGCAGGAGGGCCACCUGGAGCUCGUCAAGUACCUGCUGGCCGCAGGGGCGAACGUUCACGCUACCACGGCGACAGGGGACACAGCGCUGACAUACGCCUGCGAGAACGGACACACGGACGUCGCGGACGUGCUGCUGCAGACCGGGGCUGAUCUGGAACACGAGUCUGAAGGAGGCAGAACGCCGUUGAUGAAAGCUGCCAGAGCGGGACACCUGUGUACUGUACAGUUCCUGAUCAGCAAAGGUGCAAAUGUGAACAGAGCCACAGCCAACAACGACCACACGGUGGUGUCACUGGCCUGUGCGGGGGGCCACCUGGCUGUGGUGGAGCUGCUGCUGGCCCACGGAGCGGACCCCACCCACAGACUGAAGGACGGUUCGACCAUGCUCAUUGAAGCUGCUAAGGGCGGUCACACCAACGUGGUCUCCUACCUGCUAGACUACCCAAACAACAUCCUCUCCGUUCCCGCGCCCGACCUGUCCCAGCUCACACCCCCCUCCCACGAUACGUCUCAGGUUCCUCGAGUUCCAUUCCAAGCCCUGGCCAUGGUGGUGCCCCCCCAGGAGCCUGACAGAGUGCCCUCCACCCACACGGCCCCCCCGCCAGUCGCAAUCAAAGGUGCGUCCAAGCAAAGGCCGGGCCCCCUGCAGGCGGGCGGCGUCACUGCGGGCGGGCCGGACGCGGACCUGCUGCCCCCCUUCCACCCGUACCAGCCGCUGGAGUGCAUCGUGGAGGAGACGGAGGGCAAGCUGAACGAGCUGGGCCAGCGCAUCAGCGCCAUCGAGAAGGCCCAGCUGCAGUCGCUGGAGCUCAUCCAGGGCGAGCCGCUCACCAAAGACAAGAUCGAGGAGCUGAAGAAGAGCCGCGAGGAGCAGGUGCAGAAGAAGAAGAAGAUCCUGAAGGAGCUGCAGAAGGUGGAGCGGCAGCUGCAGCUCAAGACGCAGCAGCAGUUCACCAAAGAGUACAUGGAGGCCAAGGGGCCCCCGGGGGCCGGGGGCGGCGCGGGGACGGGGCCCGGGGCGGCGGCCCCUCCGCCGCACCCCGCCCGGCCCGGCUCCGACGGCGACGGGGAGGGCGGCGACCCCGAGGACGGCGGCAGCCGGCGGGCGCCCCCUGCGGAGGAGGACGAGGAAGAGGAUGACGAGGACGACGACGAUGACGACGAGGAGGAGGACGACGAGGAGGAGGAUGAGGAGGAGGAAGAGGACGACUACACCAAGCUGCCGCAGGUGGACACCAUCCUGUAUCGGGAGGCGCAGCAGCCCCCGCCCCCGCCCCCCCCGCAGACGCACGGCCAGCCCCCUGCCCCCCCGACGCAGACGGGCUUCGUCCCCAUCCAGCCGUUGGCUGCACAGCAGUCCACCGACUUUGGCAGCGCCGACUACCCCGGCAGUGCCAGCCCUGACCUGCAGAGGGUGCUGGUGAGCCAGCAGAUGCUGGGCCCAGGCCUCCUCACCCAGGCCACCGACGGCCUCAUGGUGGCCACGCCCGCCCAGACGCUCACAGACACGCUGGACGACAUCAUGGCAGCGGUGAGCAGCAGAGUGCCUAUGUUGAACACUACGACCUCGCCCACCCCCCAGCCUUCCACGCAGACCUCCGGCGCCGCCGUCUCCCCCCCCUCCAUGCUUCCGCUAUACCCCUCUGUGGACAUCGACGCUCAUACGGAGAGCAACCACGACACGGCGCUGACGCUGGCCUGUGCCGGGGGCCACGAGGAGCUGGUGUCCGUGCUGAUCGCCCGCGGGGCCAACAUUGAGCACCGGGACAAGAAGGGCUUCACUCCUCUGAUCCUGGCUGCCACGGCUGGCCAUGUGGGGGUUGUGGAGAUCCUGCUGGACAAAGGGGGCGACAUCGAGGCCCAGUCUGAGAGAACCAAAGACACACCCCUCUCCCUGGCCUGUUCAGGGGGCCGACAAGAGGUGGUGGAACUGCUGCUGCUUCGUGGGGCCAAUAAGGAGCACCGCAACGUGUCGGACUACACCCCCCUCAGCCUGGCCGCCUCAGGGGGCUACGUCAACAUCAUCAAGAUCCUGCUCAAUGCCGGCGCCGAGAUCAACUCCAGGACCGGCAGCAAGCUGGGCAUCUCCCCGCUGAUGCUGGCCGCCAUGAACGGCCACGUCCCCGCGGUCAAGCUGCUGCUGGACAUGGGCUCGGACAUCAACGCGCAGAUCGAGACCAACCGCAACACGGCGCUGACGCUGGCCUGCUUCCAGGGCCGCGCCGAGGUGGUCAGCCUGCUGCUGGACCGCAAGGCCAACGUGGAGCACCGGGCCAAGACCGGGCUCACCCCCCUCAUGGAGGCAGCGUCAGGAGGCUACGCCGAGGUGGGCCGCGUGCUGCUGGACAAGGGCGCAGACGUGAACGCUCCCCCGGUCCCCUCGUCCCGGGACACCGCCCUCACCAUCGCUGCCGACAAGGGCCACUACAAGUUCUGCGAGCUGCUCAUCAACAGAGGAGCCCACAUCGACGUGCGCAAUAAGAAGGGGAACACGCCACUGUGGCUGGCGGCCAAUGGGGGGCACUUUGACGUGGUGCAGCUGCUGGUGCAGGCAGGCGCAGAUGUGGACGCCGCCGACAACCGCAAGAUCACUCCGCUCAUGGCGGCGUUCCGCAAGGGUCACGUGAAGGUGGUGCAGUACCUGGUGAAGGAAGUCAACCAGUUCCCCUCUGACAUUGAGUGCAUGAGAUACAUUGCCACCAUUGCCGAUAAGGAGCUGCUGAAGAAGUGUCACCAGUGCAUGGAGACCAUCGUCAAAGCCAAAGACCAGCAGGCGGCCGAGGCCAACAAGAACGCCAGCAUCCUGCUGAAGGAGCUGGACCUGGAGAAGUCCCGCGAGGAGAGCAAGAAGCAGGCCCUGGCGGCCAAGCGGGAGAAGCGCAAGGAGAAACGCAAGAAGAAGAAGGAGGAGCAGAAGAGGAAGCUGGAGGAGGAGGAGGCCAAGGUCAAGGAGGUCUCCGAAAUGCAGGACCAGGGGAAGGACUCUGCCGAAGAGGCAGAGGUCCCCAUCGAGCCCCCCAGCGCGACCACCACCACCACCAUCGGCAUCUCGGCCACCUCCCCGACCUUCACCUGCGCCUUCGGCAAGAAGCGGGCCAACGCCGUGGCCACGCCCAGCGCCAACCGCAAGAGCAAGAAGAACAAGACCAAGGACUCCCCGAGCGAGCCCAUCAUCCUGCAGGACCCCCAGCUGGUGCUGGCGCAGCAGAAGGCCGACAAGAACAAGAUCCACGGGGAGCCGCGGGGGGGCGGGGCGCCGGGGGGCAACAGCGAUUCGGACAACCUGGACAGCACCGACUGCAACAGUGAGAGCAGCAGCGGCAGCAAGAGCCAGGAGCUCAACUACCUGCCCGACCUGCCCUCCUCCUCUUCCUCCUCCUCGUCCUCCUCUUCCUCCACGUCCGCGCCCUCCGGCCCCUCCCACCCCGCGCCCGUCCCCGAGAAGAGACAGUGCCCCUCCCUGCACGGCUCGCGGGACGACAAGGUCACCGUGUCCAUCUCCAAACCGCAGCAGAAAAUGCAAGACUCCCCCAGUGACUUGACUCCCAACUCCUUCUCCUCGGUGCUGAAGACCAUGUCCCUGCCCGUGGUGUCCCCCAACGGCAAGAUGAACCUCACUAGUCCCAAAAGGGGCCAGAAGAGAGAGGAUGGCUGGAAGGAGGUGGUGCGGAGGUCUAAGAAGCUGUCGGUCCCGGCGUCAGUGGUGUCCCGGAUCAUGGGCAGAGGCGGCUGCAACAUCACGGCCAUCCAGGACGUGACGGGCGCGCACAUCGACGUGGACAAGCAGAAGGACAAGAACGGGGAGAGGAUGAUCACCAUCAGAGGGGGCACGGAGUCAACGAGACAUGCUGUGCAGCUGAUCAACGCCCUGAUCCAGGACCCCGCAAAAGAGCUGGAAGACCUGAUCCCCCGAAACCACAUCCGCACCCCCGGCACCAACACCAGGGUGGGCUCCACCUUCACCACCUCCACGGGGGCCACCAGCACCACGGCCGCCAGCUCCAAGGGCCUGGCGUCGGUGGUGCCGUCGUCCUCGGUGUCCUUCCAGCCCUCCUCGCCCUCCGCCCCUCAGCAGGGCGGCGGCAAGCUGGGCAAGAGCCUGUCGCCCGGGGUGCGGCCCCCCUUCGUCUCGCUGCCCCUGGCCUACGCCCACCCGCAGCUCGCCCUGCUGGCCGCGCAGACCAUGCACCAGAUCCGCCACCCUCGGCUGCCCAUGGCGCAGUUCGGCGGCACCUUCUCCCCGUCGCCCAACACCUGGGGCCCGUUCCCGGUGCGGCCCGUCAGCCCGGGGAGCGCCAACAGCUCUCCAAAACACAAUGGCGCCAGCACGGCCACGCCCACGCCCAGGCCGGGCGCCUCCCACCCGGAGUACGCAGCCGCCUCCAACCCCAGCGGCCCCGCCCCUGCCACGCCCACACCCACCAGCUCCGGCCCCGCCCCGCCCUGCCUCCCCGGCACCCCCGCCCCUUCCUCGGUCAGGAAGCAGCUGUUUUCCUCUGAGCCCAAGACGGUCACUAGCGCUGUGAGCAGCGCCUGCAGCACGCGGGCCUCCAGCUCCCCCGCCCCCCUCGUCUCAGCCCCGCCCACCACGCCUCCAACCCCGCCUCCCCCUCCACCCAUCGCCCUGCCUACAUCGCAACAGCAGCAGCAACAGCAGCUCUCAGCCCCCAAACCCGAACCCUGCGCCACUGCCACGCCCGUAAAAGAGAAGCCGUCUCUGGAGCAGUCAGCCGUGCCCGUUCUGGGUGGAGCGUCUGAUGGAGCCGGUCCCUUGGCCUUCCCGGCCCCGCCCACCGCUCUCCCCUCCCACCCCCCGCAGCCGGAGUCCCGGCAGCAGCUGCCCCUGCCCUUCGCCCCCAGCACAGAGCCCGCGCCCCUGCCCACGGUCCCCUCCUGCUCUGGCCUGCCCUCGUCCCGCCCGGCAGCGGCAGCAGCCUCCGUCACAUCUGUGCACACGCACACGCACACGCACGCCCACACGCAUGCCAGCGCCACCUUACCUCACUUCGCCGCGCCCGCGCCCCGAGUGUCCCCGCGCAUGCAGCCCGCCGGCCCCUUCUAUCCGCUGGCACCGGGGGGCGCUCUGCAGGACCAGGCCUCCGUGUUCGUGCCCCCCGGAGGAGGGGUGUCGCAGGAGCCCCUGAAGCAGCAGCAGCAGCCGGGUCUGGCCCCGCCCUCCCUGCAGAUGUCCCCCGCCGUCGGCGUAAUGAACGGCUCCCAGGUGCACAUCCACGGCGGGAAGACCCAGUUGCCGCCCAACUUCGGCCCCGCCGCCCUCUUCAACCACUUCAGCAGCAUCUUCGACGGCGGCCAGGUGGGCAACAGCCAGGUGUGGGGGGCGUGCCACCUGCCCACCCGGACCCCGCCCGACCAGGCCUACGGUGCCCCGCCUGCCUACAUGGGGGGCGUGGGCCAGAUGGAGAGCGUGCUCCCUCCUCCCCCCGACGGCUCCAAGGCGCCUGGCUACCGCUGCGCCACCCAGAGGAUCGUCAGCAGCCCCAUGGGCGUGCACCCCAUGGACCCCUCGGGAAACUCCAUCUCCACCUCGGCUGCGCUGACCAGCUUUGCCACCAGCAUCUCGGGCAGCCCCGUCUUCCUGCAGGGCCCCGCCCCCGUGGGCACGCCUUCCUUCAGCCGCCAGCACUUCUCGCCACACCCCUGGAGCGCUUCCACUUCCUGUGAGUCCCCAGUGCCCUCUGUGUCCUCCGGGGCCUCGUCCCCGCUGUCGGUCUCCGCGGCCGCGCCGGCGAUGAUCCAGGCCAAGCCCAGCGGCUCGGGCCAGCAGGACCGCAAGGUUCCGCCGCCCAUCGGCACCGAGCGCCUGGCCCGGAUCCGGCAGACGGGCUCCGUCAACCCCGCCAUGCUCACCACCAGCUACACUGCGCCUGUCGGGCAGGGCGGCAUCUGGUCAUUCGGCGUUGGGAGUGCCUCCGGUGAGGAGGCGAUGUCGGGCUGGUCGCAGCCCCUGAUCAGCAGCCACCUGCUGCACCAGCAGCUGCCGGAGCAGUCGGCCUUCUCCCAGCACCAGCCCAUGGAGCGCGACGACACCGGCAUCGUGGCGCCUUCCAACACCUUCCCCCAGCCCGUGCCCAGCAGCUUCAUGGACUUCCCCAAGGGGCUGCCCAUGUCGAUGUAUGGCGGGACGAUGAUACCCCCUCACCCCCCAAUGGCAGAGGGGCCGGGCGCACCCAUGUACAACGGCCUCCACACUGCCGACCCCGCCUGGAACCCCAUCCUCAAGGUCGUCCCCAACUCUGCAGAGAAUUCAGACCCCCAGCAGGUCUGGCCUGGUACAUGGGCUCCGCAUGUCGGCAACGUCCAUCUGAACCACGUAAACUAAACAGCAACACCACCAGAAAACGACAUCGCGAUCGAGAAGGCAUAGGACCAGUAAACGAAAACCCAAAAUUCUUUAAAGAACAACCGAAAUUACAAAGAGGUUAACCGAGAAGUGUCCCAAAAAAACAAACAAAAAGCAAAAUAACGCAACAGUAAGAAUUGGAAGGACGGACACCGUUUUUGAUGUGCCUAACUACAAGGAAAAGCAUUCAGUGUGGGCUGUGAUCUGUUUACCACUGUCUAUGAACAAAUCGAUUGCCUGUUCAACAGGAUACAUUCUCUGCGUAGUGUAGCCGUUUUGACUUAAAAAAAAAAAAAGAAAAAAAAACCCACAUAAACUGUUCUUGGUCUGCAGGGCUCAACAGGACCGUAAGCUAUUUAUACUCAGCCAAGAACUAGAUUACUGCAGAAAGAGAGAAAUCAGACCUUUUAGAGUGGUAAAUACAUGUAUAAUUGUUUACAUACUAAAAAAAGGGUUAAAAUGAGAGUAAAUUUCAUGUCGUAUAGUGGCUCUACUUUAUGUAGCCUGUAUUAAUGUGAAAUAUUUACCUUAAUAUUCAAUAAAA